CCCCUGUUAUUUUCAAUGUUCAACCCGCGGUCCUUCAGAUACACAAGCUCUCCUCUUUCCCUCGCCUCCCGAUCUAGGCCGACGGUGUCUCCCUGGCCUCCCGAUCCCAGCCGCCAGGAGCCGGCGGUGCGUGCGCGGCUUGAUCCGGUGCGGCGCCGGCCGCCGGCAGACGCCGGUGGUCGCAGCAACCUGCACCACCGUUCCCCGCCUCAUAUCCCCCUCUUGCAGCGGCUUCGGCGGUGGCCGCCCAUUCGGAGCAGCCCGCCGCCGGAUCUCCUCCUCCUCCUCCGGCGGGGCAGGCCGUGGACCCCGCGGAGCAGGCCCCGGAGCGGGAUCAGUCCCCGAAGAAGGCCAAGCCCAAGGGCGGCGUCAACCUCCGCAAGAGCCUCGCCUGGGACAAGGCCUUCUUCACCACUCUGUUGUUCCCUGACUGCUGCGUGUCAUAGCGUUCUGGAUACCGAGGAAUUGGGCAUUGUGAACAACACUUUCCGCAAGUCGCAUGGUUCAAGGCUACUGCCAGGAAUAGCAGAGGAACUGAGGAGGUCAACCGAGUCCACUACCUCAACGCUGGACAACGAAAGCUUUGUGCUGGAAAGCCUUGAGACAGAGCUGUUUGACAAUGUCCGUGCUUCGAUUCAGAGAACACAUGGAAAACCCGAUAAAGCUCCAGGCGUGGCUUUUGCUAGCUCAAAGACCCCUAGGGCAACAGCAAAGGCACCUCCUGUCACAGCGAGAAAUGGGGUUGAUCGGAUACCUCCUGUUUCCUGCAGUGCUUGUUAAUGCUGCCUCAGAUAAGGCCUCCUGCUUCAACAAGCAAUGGGUCCGUUGGUGGUAGCAAGCAAAGGCCCCAAAUCACCCUGAAAGAGCCUGCAGCUGGAAGAGUGGUAUGUUACAUGCUUGUAAUUCGAGAAUAUCCAUGAACUUUCUGUAGUUUAGCUGUCUACCCCUAACUAGAGGUUUAGGAUUUGUGGGAUGCUUGCUACAUUCACCAGGAUGCUAUAAUUGUAGUGAACCAUUUCUUGCAUUUACCGAUAAUUAGCUUACUUGUGAAACCUUAUUGCGGAACUGCACAGAACUAAUUAAAAAAGCUCCAGUUAGAUAA